AUAGUCAUAGUUUAGUUCCAAAAUGGCCGUGUUUGAUUGUCCCAGUGUCUCCGUUGCAUUUGGCACUGUUUACGGGUGAGGAGUUCAACGAGGAGAGGAUACGAUUCGAUUGAUUGAAGGUUCAACGACAUAAUGAAUCCCAGGGCGUCUGUUGCCGUGGUGCUCGGGAUUCUCAGCCUGGUUCUACUUCAGGGAGCAACCGGCAUUCAACGGAGAUGCGUGAAUUGCAGAUCGAGAGGAGAAUUAGGAUCGUGCAAGGAUCCUUUCACUAUGAAUUCGACACAGAUCGAAAUGGAGAAAGGAGUGGCCUCUAUUCCUUGUCCGUCCGGUUGGUGCGGGAAGAUCAUCGAGAGGCACGGUUUGAACAAUGAGUAUGGCACUGCCACGCAAAGACUUUGCUUUCAACGUGGACCCGACGACGGGGAGGAGAGAUGCGCUUACACCGUUUGGAAUUACAAGAAAGUGUACAUGUGCCUUUGUAUCGGCGAUUUGUGCAACGGAACGGCGAAAGUGGGCAUCUCCAAUGGAUUGAUUUUCACGACAGUGUUCGUCCUAUUUCGAUGGUUCAUCUGAGACCGCUAGAGAAUUAAAUGGAAUGUAUAUUAUUGUAUAAAAAGUUCCUUGUAACUGUACAUGACGCGAUUCUCUUAAUUUUUCCGCGAAGCCAGUACGGCGGGAAAUGAUGUUUGUUAAUGAGUCUAGUGAAUAGUCUGUAAAAAUACAUGUUUAUAUUUAUAAUUAUAUAUUUCAUGUAUUUAAAUCUCAGCGAAACCAAGAAACGUCUAGCUUCCACGCGAUAAAUCCUGCCGAAUUGCUAAACGGAUAACAGCAGGACAUUUUGCUCUAGUAAUUGGAGUACAUUACGGUUCGUGUAAAUCACACUUGUGAAAGUGUUAAACGCAGACUGUCCACGAACGAUAAUGACACUUACAUACGUUUCCGCUACAUCUGUUUUGCUCGCGACUCGUAAAUACCAACUCAUUCAACGCGUGAAUCGCUAAUUAAGUCUGUCGCUGGAACGGACGAGAAAUUAAUGUUCAUAUAAAAUCGCAAUGACGCAAUCCCAGUAAUUUCGUUUGAAUUGUAUUAAUCGCAACAGUAGAAUGAAAUGUAACAGCACAUUAAAGAGAAGGUAAAUACUUCGUUAUGUUUCGAAAUUUUUAAUCACACGCAAAACUGUCGUAAUGCGUACCGCUCGAUUUAAUAUUCAAUGUAGACAAUAUAUAAAGUAAUCGUAAAUUUUCGUUAGUUGUCCU